GCAGGUAAGGGUGAAAGCGCAAGGGUUGAGGAGCCGUUGCUGUGGACAGAGAGACGGGGACAUGAGUGGCCAUUGAGGGCGGCCAGGGUGCCGGUGAGAUCCCCCCACCCCCAUCUGCUCAGUGUGAGGGCUGAGCUUCAAGGGGCUGAGCUUCCAUUGAGGACCACAUGACGGGGCACAACAAGGAAAAGCGUUAUGAGUGCGACGUGUGUGGCAAGGCCUGGCAGUACCCGAGCCAGCUGGAGAUCCACCGGCGGGGGCACACGGGAGAACGUCCCUUCGACUGCUCGGAGUGCGGCAAGAGCUUUGCCCGCUCCAGCAGCCUGCUGCUGCACAACCGCCUGCACUCCGGCGAGAGGCCCUUCAACUGCCCCGCCUGCGGCAAGAGCUUCAAGACGGUGGAUGUGCUGAAGUUGCACCGGCGGGUGCACACGGGCGAGAGGCCCUUCACCUGCUCCACCUGCGGCAAGAGCUUUGCCCGGUUGUCGGGGCUGUGGGAGCACCGACGGGUGCACAGCAGUGUGCGGCCCUUCGCCUGCUCCGACUGCGGCAAAGGCUUCAAGUCGUCGCCAGAGCUGAAGCAGCACAGCCACGUGCACACUGGCGAGCGCCCCUACACCUGCAGCGACUGCGGCAAAGGCUUCACCUGCUCUGGCAACCUGCUGGUGCACCAGCGCAUGCACACUGGCGAGCGCCCCUACACCUGCACCCAGUGCGGCAAGGGCUUCACUCAGUCCAGCAACCUGCUGGAGCACCAGCACACCCACACCGGCGAGCGCCCCUACACCUGCGCCCAGUGUGGCAAGGGCUUCACCCAUUCCAGCAGCCUGAUGAAGCACCAGCGCACCCACACCGGCGAGCAUCCCUACACCUGCGCCCAGUGCGGCAAGGGUUUCACCCGGUCCAGAAACCUGCUGGUGCACCAGCGCACCCACACCAGCGAGCGCCCCUACACCUGCACCCAGUGCGGCAAGAGCUUCACCCGCUCCACCUAUCUGCUGUCCCACCAGUGGGUGCACGCCGGUGACCGUCCCUUCCCCAGCCCGGUGUGUGGAGAGCUCUCUGCCACGGCCUCCCACACCCUGGCUCACCAGCACAUGCACACCAGUGGCCAGCCCUACGACUGCCCGUACUGCGGUGAGGAGUUUGACAGCUCGCGGGGGUUGCGGCAGCACCGGCGGACCCACGCCGGCGAGCAGCUGCUCCCACUGUGACAAGAGAGCACGGGGGCUGCGGGAGCAACAGCGGUUACACACCGGAGAGAGACCCUUUGUGUGCACUGAGUGUGGCAAGGGUUUCACCCGCAUGUCCGGCCUGUGGCAGCACCGACGUACUCACAGCGGUGAGUGUCCCUUCCACUGCCCGUCCUGUGUUAAGGACUUCACCCGCCUUGACCACCUGCUGGAGCACCGGCGAGUCCACACCGGCCAGCGCCCCUUCACCUGUCCGCUCUGUGGCAAGGCCUUUGCCCGCUCCUCCAGCCUGCUGGCACACUGCCACUUGGAUAGGCGCUGUUCAUGUAGACACAAAAUGGUGGAAGGAAUGGGUAACAUUUCGGGUCGUUUCUUCAGUCACCCAUUUGUUCUCUCCAGAGAUGCUGCCUGUCCCGCUGAGUUACUCCAGCACUUUGUGUCCUUUUUGUAAACCAGUACCUGCAGUUCCUUGUUUCUAAACCAUUCUGGUUAACCAUCUCUGCACCUUCCCCAAAGCCUCCACAUCAGUCCUGUAAUGGAGUGACCAGAACUGUAUGCAAUACUCCAAAUGCUACCUGACCAAUGUGCCUUAAAGCUGCACAUAUACAUUCCUCUCUCUCCCCUCUCCCCACUCUCCUCCCACUCGUACACAAAUUCCCGCCACUCCAACCUCUCAUGCCCCCUCCCCUCUCACACACUCCCUCUGUCACUCCUUGUCUCUCUCACACACUCUCUCUCACAAGCACCCUCUUUCUUGCUCUCUCUUACACACAUUCCCUCUCUCUUGCUCUCUCACACACACACACUCCCGCUCUCUCUCUCAUUGCAGAUCUCGCCCCUCCCGUCUGGCAAAUUGAUUAAAAGAUUGCUUUGGUUUACCUUUAACAA